AGCGAUGGCAGCUGAUCGACACUCACACCUCACACUCGACCACGAUGAUACACCUCGAUUUGGCACUUCUGGCACUCUCGAUAGGUUUGUGUGAUACUUUGGUGCCAGAGGUGAGCCAGGAGGGGUUGCUGCAGCCGUACUACACCUACCAAGACGUCACCCUCUUUCACUUCCACAUCCCCCACGAGGUGACCCGGGCAACAUGGGAGUUUGCAGCCUUCAUGGAUGACCCAGGAUGCCCUGUGCGGGAAGUGCAUGUGCUUGUCCAACAUGGUAGUUAUCCAGUGGUUGGCAAAGACAAUUCAACAUUCAAAGAUUAUAUGUACAUUGAAAGAGCAGCAGUCCACAAGGUGACAACGUACUCUGCUUACCAGCCACAUGAUGCCACUAUCCUGCCUGUUUACAACCCACUCCCAGGAAGUUGGUUUGCUGCGGCAUAUAUCCCUAACUGGAAUGAACAAAUGCAGCAAGAGGGUAUUGUUCACAAAUGUCGAUACAGUUUAGGGUCUGUUGCAAUGUGGAGUCAGAAGGAACAGAUACACACCAUCAACAUUGGGAAAAGACAGACUGUGUGCACACAUGAAAAUCUUUCAUAUUACAGAUUUUAUGUUCCUUCACAUACAUGGUUCCUGCAAAUCAACAUCACCAACUGCCAGAUACGGGAAGAAAUCAUCAACCACGACACGUGGGAACGCCUUUUCCGCUGGUGCAUCCGCUCGCUCUCCCUUCAGGCCAGGUCACUCCCGACCUUUGACCCAGAUGGAGGGGUUGCCAACAUCUCUCAGGGAGGAGGUCACACAUUCACCGAGACCAGACCCUUUUCUGAUGGGUAUUACUAUCUCCUGGUCAACACGGAGGGAGAGACUAUGAUGGAUAUCACCAUUGAGACUAAAGGUUUGUUUGCAUGUUGCUCAAGACUGUUCUAG